CUAAACCCACAACAGUAAAAUCAGUCUGUAUACGCAGUAAAGCAUGCUUGUUAUACUCACUGUGGAACCUACGGGGUUAAUCCUCUGCAUUGUGUAAAAAGGUUGUUUGAUCUUGAGUUCUCUUCUCCUCCUCUUCUUCAAAUGUCCACUUGAUAAAUCAGACUAAACUCGUAGCCACAUGCACAUGAUCAGUUUGGUGUGUAUUGCUAGAGAGGUUUUUUUUUUUUCCCUUGGAAGAGUGCUUGUGAUCAGCACAGAGCCAAUCAUCACUGCCCAGACAGAGGUCAGGAGUUUUGCAUCCUCCUAGAACAG